AUGGGGGAUGAAAGAGGUGACAACUUUGAAGGUAUGGGCAUUGAACAACUGAAACUGGAGUUAUUGGAAGAACUCUAUAUGAAAAACUUAAUACAACUCUCAAUAAUUGAACUACGACACAAAAUAAUGGACUUGAAAGCCAAACUCACCAUUGUUAAUAUCAGCAAUGAAUGGAAAACUCGUUAUGAAGUACAACUUGAGGUGAAUAAUCAACUAAAAAAGCAAAUAGUUACUCUCAAUGAGAAAUUGGAAAAGCUCCAUGUAGAUCCUUCAGAUAAACUAUCUUCUAUUCGUGUCUAUGAGCGAAUGACAGAGAAAUCCUUAGUUGCAUUACUUGAAAAGCUAGAAAGAGAAAAAAGACGUCUUGAACAUCAAGUGAAAUACUAUUUACUUAAACUGGAAGAAGAAUCAAAGGCUUAUCAAAAGGUCAGGGAUGAACGCCAAAUAUACCUGGCUAAAUUAUCUCAGGUCUCUCGCUUAAACCAAAUUUCUAGAAGGCAACAAAUGAAUGAACUCCACAGAAUGAAAGAGAAUCCAGUGAAAAUGGGAAGACACAAUACAGCUAAUCAGAAAAUAAUAAAUGCCAAGAGAGGACCAACCAAGAAGAGUACAAGAUCAAGCCAUGUUCCAAAAUUCAACUCGUGA